UAGAUUCUGUCCCCUAAUUUUCAAAAACGUUAUGGCCGAGGCAUCUCAGCAACGUAUGCCAUUGUGGGCUGCCGAAGCCGAAGUCGACGAAGAGCUGCAGGAUGUGGAUCUCAGCCAUACCAUUGGCAACUACGUCCAAAACGACGUGUAUGAUGAAGCACAAACACAGAUUGACAGUGCAACUCUUGCUGCAAUGCAGCAGCAGAUGGUACAGCAGAAUGCAUUUGCUCAAAUUCCCGACGUCGUUAAACGCUUCAUCGUUCACUUUCACCAAGCCGUGGUACACAAUAAUCUCGAGCAGAUCACUGUCGCGUAUGAAAGUGGUUGGAACAAGCUGACCGAGAAAUACUACGCGAAGACCGAGUGGCCAGAAGCUGAAGUUAUUGCGCCGCUUGUUAACGACGAUCCAAUCUUUUUAAUUCUCUAUCGCGAACUCUACUAUCGCCACGUAUAUUCGCGUCUACAGCCGGACAUUGACGACCGAUUCCAUUCCUACGAGAACAGCUGCGAGCUAUUCAAUUAUCUACUAAACUCGGAUGGCCCUGUCUCUCACGAACUACCUGACCAAUGGUUAUGGGACAUCCUCGACGAAUUCAUCUACCAGUUCCAAUCCUUCUCCGUCUGGCGAUCCAAAGUGAAAAACAAAACUGAAGAGGAACUCGUACUUCUAGCAGACGGUAGCCAAGUUUGGAGCUGCUACAGCGUGCUCAACGUCCUUUACUCGCUGAUUCAAAAGUCUAAAAUAAAUGAAUACAUUACCGCCACGCGGGAAGGCAAGAGCGAGGAAGAGAUUAACGAGAUCAUUGGCGAGUACGGUCAGAAACCUUUAUACCGCAUGCUAGGAUAUUUCAGCAUUAUCUGUCUGCUUCGCGUACACGUGCUAUUGGGCGACUUCACUCUUGCGCUAAAGGUCAUGGAGAAUGUGGAGUUAAGCCAGAAGGCUCCGCUCACCCGUGUGACGGCAUGCCAUGUCUCAACGUACUAUCACGUCGGCUUCUGUUACCUGGCACUCCGUCGGUAUCUAGAUGCCAUCCGCAUUUUCGUCUCAAUUCUGAACUUCAUCAUGCGCAUGCGAAGAUACCACACGCGCUCAUACCAGUACGACCAGAUCAACAAAACUGCGGACCGAAUGUACGCGCUCUUUGCGCUUUGCAACUCACUGGCGCCAAGUCGCUUGGACGACAACAUUUUGAGUACUGCAAAGGAAAGGUUCGGAGACCAGAUUGCUCGUAUGCAGAACGGUGCGGCGACAGACGAGGCACUGGCAACAUUCGAGGAAUUGUACAUCUACGCGUGCCCGAAGUUCAUCGCCGCCAACCCGCCUCCCUACGAUGAUCCGGCAGCGCUCGCGUCGUACAUCUCCGAGCCGCCUCAGGAACCAGCUCAGCGACACCUUUCUCUUUUCCUGUCAGAUGUGAGGGCACAGGCGAGUGCUCCCACAUUGCGUAGCUUCCUCAAGCUGUACACCAGCCUGGACGCACGAAAGCUUGCUGGUUUCCUUGACGCGGACGAAGAAGAGAUGGUACAGCAGAUGAUGGUUUUGAAGCAAUGCAGUCGUCGAAUCGGGCGUGUUGCUAAUUCGGCUGAAGGAGGACGUGGUCUACUAGACGGCGAAACGAUCACAACAAGUGACCUUGACUUCGUUAUCGAUGAGAACAUGGUACAUAUCGUCGAAGCGACCAUCGGACGUCGAUAUGCCGGAUGGUUCAUCCGUAACACAGAGCAUGCACAACGUGUUGUAGAUGGCCUUAAAGCCAUCCCACUUCCAACUCCAAAGCCUCCAUCAUCUCAAAACACAGAGGCGCCACCGGCUUCUUCUGCUACGACUUCAUCGAAGGGUGGACAAAAAGUGACAUGGGGCAAGGUCUCUGCAUGAGUGCUGUUUUCUGUGGCAUACUGUUUGAUCUUUGUAUCCUGUACCGCUUUGUAAUGUUUUGCACAAUCUCGCCGCUUUUGAGGGCUGCACAGUCCAACUUUGUUCAGAGAAGAUUAAUUCAA